AUGAAACUCCCAAGUGGUUAUGCUGCCGAAUCACACUGGGCGUGGUCCAUGUCUGAUCCUUCAUUCUGGUCAAACAACACCUCUGUGUGGGCCGAGUUGCUCGACGACAAUUACCUUCUCGACUCACCGAAGCAGCGAGUUACUUCUAGUGACAAAGCUAGACAGAACAAUCCGAACCAAAUGGAAGGAAUGGAGGUAGUUGCUCGAGCGCGAUCAACUUCGGUAGACGACAAGCAAAGGAACGAUUCCACUGAUUCGACCGAUUCGACCGACUCCCUCAGCGAAGUCCCCAGCCGAGACGACGCACCAAUGCCAACGAGCACGCAAAUGGUGGAGAGACCAAGGGUUCGAACCGCGAGAUCUCUGCGUCAGAAGGAGGUAGUCGACAUUGGGAGGAAUCUGCAGCGGAUCAAGCAGAGACAGGCACAGCAGCUGUUCAUCCGGACCGAAUCGACCGAAUCGAUAGAGGAGGAUGACCUGGAGUGUGAAUGUACUGGCUGCAAAGGAAAGAAGGUGACGAAGCAAUAUGGAGGGCAAACCCGAAGUACUAUUCAGACACGACUGAACGCGAUUUCCUUCUGA